ACUCCCCUUUCGCCCAUCCAUUUCCAGCUCCGUUCAAUUUGCGGCCCAGAAUGCUCCGUGCUUCAUAAACCCAAAUGGAGCUCCCACUACCACCGACAGUCUGUCGCUUGCUGGCAGCAACGCUCAUUCCACAGACCUACAUACCCUCUCCUUGAAAGUCCAACUCGUCCAACUUCUACAGUCACUCCUUAAACUGCAUCUUUGCUUCUCGGCCCAGGUUGCAACGCGUUCUUCCCGGCACACCCUCAAUUAACCUUCGAUUCUACUGCAUGCUUGCAACGCUCCGCUUGUUUCAGAAUUCGAAGAGCUUGCAUUAGGGCCCUGCAUCCCACAGAACCUCGGGGGAACUCAAGCGCAUCACGAUAUCCCGCUCGCCUGCUCGAUUUCGUGUUCAGAAGAAGCUCCGAAAAAUCCGAGAAACUGCUCAUCUGACGCAGUCAGCCGUUCAUUGCCAGCACUGUUCAUAAGACAUCAUUGGGCCCGCUGUCCGCAGUUGCCAUCCUCAAAACCUUUCCCCGCUGGGAACCGACGUAUCCGAACGAAAAGAGGUGUGAAUAUCAAGGCGCAAGCCUCCGAACGAUCAAGGGCUGUUUCUUCACGGUUCACACACACCAAAAAAAAAGAACGUGCGCAAAGAUUAGGCCUCUGAGCACCAGGCCAGCAGAUUUCGAAAAUAGAAAGAGGGGGCACCUUGUAUAUCAAAAACAAGGCCGUCACCGUAGAUCAGCUUACACCAAGGCUCACGACUAUUCAACGCUUUGUGCCUUCGAAAAGGACUACCGUCGCUCGACUUUCGCGGACGUGUUGGAAAAGCCAUCCACGGAAAAAAAUGGGUCUCUUCGACAAGCUACAAUCAAAACUGGAGCUCUACCGCCUCGAGCAGAAAUACGCGCGUCGCAAGAAUCGGACGACAUUCACAACGGGCGCAGUAUACCAAGACGGCGAAUACUUCUACACGGGCGCCGCCGACUCGAGAAGUCCGACCAUGUCCACCAACUCGACCGGCAAUUCGAACAACAGCUCUGAAAGCAACAAGAGGAGGACACAGAUGUGGGUACCACCUGAGCAACGGAGAUGAUUGAACAGCAAGCGAUCAGGGCCGGCAACUUCUUGUCGCCGACAUAAGUGAGCUUUCUGCGGCGUUUGCUUCGUGUGAAUACUUUUUGGUCUUGUGGUUGAGCAUAGCAACGGCGUUGUCUUUAGGCUUUUCUCCGUCUCCGUGUCGAUGUCCUGCCCUUUUAUUUGUUCAAUGGAAGUAUGUGAUUUCGAAUGUCCGUGUUGGAUGAGAAGCGGCAGCAAGGGUUACGAUUGGAACUGGGGGGGGGGAUUCGGAGAGGGGGAACGAUUGAUCUGGAACUAGACGCUAGAGAGGUCGGGUUAGCGAUCGACGACCUCGACAACCGCGCGAGGAGCUUCUCCGUCAGGGGGCGAUCGGCCAUCCGGCAAAGGGUCAGUGUAUCAUAGCAUGUGCGCACUGUGCGAGACGACUUUCUCGUCACAGCCAGCACGACAAGUAGAAUAAGACGCAAGAAAUGUAUCUAAGAUAUAGAUAUACAUUCACC